CCAAGAUGGUAUUGAUUGUCGUACUCUGCUUCUUCAUCUGCUGGUUCCCAUUUUUCCUGGUAAGCAUGUUGGGUCAAUUCACAACGAUUUUACACGAGGAGAACUAUAUUUUCACCCUUCUCUUGAUUCACCUGUUUGGUUUUGCUAACUCCUUUAUGAACCCUGUAAUAUAUGCCUUGAUGAGCCAGGCUUUCCGUAGUGGGUUUUGGUUGAUACUCACCAUAUGCUGUCCUCAGUACCGUGAUCUCGUAGCCCCAACCAACAGAAGCGGUGAGCGCCGCAGUGUUAUCGCUGUUUCACAGACAGAGGUAGCUACCGAACGACAGCAGGCAAAACGCGGUUAUAACCGCUUUUUCAGACGAGAGAGCACGCAGUUCUCUGCCGUCUCUGACCAAGAUGAGGAUCGUAUUGGAAUGACCAAGAUAGGGAAAGUUGGAAACAGCUCAAAUAACAACAACAGAAGGGUGGCCAACAACCAGACGGUCCAGGAAGCUGAACGAAAGCAAAGGGCAGAGCGUCUUCUGCACAAGUUCCUUGACGAAGAACCUCCUAGAAAGUUGACUGAUAUCGAGUCAGUCAUUGAAAACACCAACGGUAUCGGUCAGCCAACAGAACCGAACGAGUGCGAGACGCCACUCAUUGGAAAUGAUUAUCAAGAAGACAGUUGUAAGCUAAAUGGUCCUCACGUCGUGUAUCGGAAGUGUGUAGCAAACCCUGUAGACAUCACUGCAAAUGAUGCUAGCAGUCAAAAGGCCAAUGAAGAAGUGACCGGCAAGGAUGGACAGGUCUAUGUAAAUACCGAAAUUGAUAAGAACAUAGAGGACUUGGUAUCGCAGGAUGAGCUGAUGAAAUUUAAUGCGAGUAUUUCUAAGUGUGCUGCAUGGAAGGCGACUAACGACUCAACAUUGCAGAAUGAUGUUAUUUUAAUGAUAAACGAAGAUGUACCCGAUGCUGAGCAGUCAAACAAGGGUAAUAAUGUGGGUCAAAACUCCUCAACACCCUGUGUGGAACAACUGAUGGACUGUGAGCAUGAAACGACAUGGAACAUAGCUCAAGGUUCAAAUGGACUAAUUCCAGAUGAAGCUACAACAAAGGUAUGAGCGGUAUACCGAUCAAAAUAGUCCUAGAACACAUAUGACAAAUUUACAACUUGUUGGAGUCACAUUUGACAAACAUGGCGAAUGAUAGUCAAAUGACACAUAAUUUACGUUUUAAAAGCACGUUAGAUCCUAGAUGUAUUUGCAAUACUGGAAUUAUUUCUUCAAAAGGUAAGGAGUGAUGAUUUUAUGGAGAUGAUAUAUAUUUGAAAAGCAUGACACCAGAAAAGGGAGUAUUUUGUAUACAAACACUGUAAAUAUUGUUCAUACGAAUUCACUUAACAAAAAAAUGUUACCUGUGAAGCAGUGUCAAUUUAGCGAUCGUUUGAUAUCGGUUAUUUGAGGGGAAUUGUUAUUUAUAUCUUGUGAUAUUAUGUCAGAUUGUGUUCACUAUGGUUAUCCCCAUUGUAAGAGUCAGCUGGCCAUUCAUAAAUGAAUGUAUUUAUUUUCUCCAAGGAAAAGUGCAAGAACCACCUUGUAGACACUGAAUAUUCCUUGAGACAACAUAAAGAAAGUUGACCACAGUGAUAGAAAUACCUUGCAUAUAGUUGUCGAUCCACCAUUAGAAUAUUGUUUUGAAAUCGCCUUUAUCUCAUGUAUAAGCAGAUAAGUGAAUCUUGUGGCGAUUAUAGUUUUAUUUUAAAGGAAAGUGUUUUUUGCUUGGAUUCUUAAUGAUUUUUUUGCUUUCAAAUUUGAAUGAAAUCUCCAGUUUUACUGUAUUUAUGAUGAUAACAUCACAUGAAAGGUCUGGAAAUUUAAAUUUACAUUCUUAAAUUCUGUAUCAGAUUUGACGCAGGUAUUAGUCCGUUCGGGCCGCAAUCCGUUCCGGGUAAAACAUGACCCCAGAAUUUCGUCAGAUGUGACCUUUCAUGGGUCAGAUCUGCCCCUGACCUUAUUUGUCUCACAUACUAUUCUCUCACAGGAGCAGAGCCAUUUUACUUUCAAUGGGUUACCGACAUGGCGCAAUUUCUUUUGAAUCGGGCUUGCCUAACAAGGCAUUACGCGCCAUGUUGGUAACACAUUGAAAGCGAAAUGGCCAAACUCUGUAAUAAACUGCUCUAAACCGGACGGGAGUGUAGCCCUAAUAGACUGAUUUCAGUACUGCCAAUCUUUUAAGAAUAUAUACAUGCUUCGCGUACAUUAGGAUGAUUCUAAUUCUAAUGUAAUGUUUCAACAGAGAGCUUAUUUAAAAGCUAAAUGAUCGGAAAGACAAUGUGAAGAAGACAAAUGUCUGAAAUAGUUUAGGUAAAUAGUUGUGCUUAAUAUCUUUUGAAAAUAUUAUGCUGUUACUUUUGGAAUAGAUGUAAUGAGAAAUACAGACUUCCAAUUUCAACUUCGUGUAAUAUGUGAAUAGCACAAUUUGCUGAAAAUUUCCAAAAUGUUCACACCUCAAUUCCUAUUAAAGUUGCUGUGCGGCCAUUCACUUUGAUAUGCCAAAUUAGAUAGUAACCAUGUGUUAUUGUUUUUGCUGCCUUUGUGCGGCCAUUGAUCUCACUUUGAUAUGCCAAAUUAGAUAGUAACCAUGUGUUAUUGUUUUAGAUGUCAGUGCCAUUAAAAUCCAUUUGAUGUGAUGAUAUUUAGUGCUAAGCUAGUUCCUAAGAAUGUUUUUAUUGUAAAUAUGAAUUGUUUUCAUGAAUGUAUUAUGCCGCUCCAAUCAUUGUCUACUUUAGAGGGCACAUCGGCUAAAGCAUUUGGCAAAUAAUGACAACCGUUACGUGCUUGGUUUUGAUGUCUACACAACUAACGUCAAUUUGCUUGGGAAAAUAGAAGAUAUAGGUUGCGAAAUGAAUUCCCUUAUUAUAUAAAACUAUAAUUUGCCCUCUGUUGUCAAAAGUGGUGUGGCCUCUUUCCUCUUCACUAUAAAAAUAUUGGGUAAAAGUGCUCCAUGAGGGUAAUUAUGUGUCCAACCAACAUUUGGCAUUUCUUUUGGGCAUAUUUAUUUAUCCAGUGUGAUGAAAAUUUUGCCCAUUCUACAGUAAUUGCUGUUUAUUUUUUAACCUCACUGGACAAUAUGCUUCCCACAUUGGGUGAAAUUCCGCCCCAAAUUGGUUAAACACAUAAUUACCCUCGUGCUGGUGAAAAUUUUACCCAAUAUUUUUUUUUACAGUGUACAGGGAUUUAAGCGUUCUCCAGUUCAUGCUUGCUAAAAGAUCGGUCAAUUAUUUCCCUGCAUGCUUUUUACAUGCUUAUUACACUAUCUACUAUAGUCACGAGCUAAACGCUACCUUAAUAGAGUGAACAAUCAUUUCCAUAUAUUUUUUUUCUUGUAUAAAUUCACGUUUAUAAUGAUCCUGUAAUGAGUUAAAUUUAGGAUUUCCAAAGUAACCUUUGUAAUUUUUGCUAUUAAUUGCAAAUUCACGGAACAUGUAAAGUAAUUUUAGUGGAUAUGUUUUUUUUUUUAAUCCUGCAAGCUAUCUGAGUGUGUGAUGGUAUUGCAGAAAAAUCGCUCUUAUCAUGAUCAAUGGUUACAAUCUACGCGAGGGUAAGUACUUCAACUAAAUCUUUUAUUGAUUAUUAUCGAGAACAAACGCAAGAUGAUGCGAUGAGGUCUAACUUGAACUCAAAGGGUUUUAAUAUAAAAAGGAACAAAGAGAAGACAUUAAUCAUUAAUGAAGAUGAGGGAAAAACAUCAAAUAAUGACACAGAUAAAGAUUUUUUGUUAUUCUUUUCUUUAUGCUGUGCACCACGAAUUAAUAAUCUAUUGAUGCUUCAUGGUAAGUAGAUUACUUUAAACAGAAGAAUGACUUAGAACAAUAAUUGUAGUAUAUAAUUAUGGGGAAGCAGCUUCCAAUUUACGUCACAAAAAUGCGACUUUACAUAAUUCUAUCCCUGUUAUCUAUUGAGAGAUUUCGUCAAAGUUUCUCUUAUUUCCCCCUUUAUGUGUACCGGUUGUGACGGUCAACACACAUUUUUACUGCUAAUUGAUGUAUGAACUGAAAGAGUAGAAUAUUGAAACCAUCUGGUGCAUUUUACAUCAAGGACUUUGCAUCGCAUAGAAACUGGCGUUUAAAAUACAAUAACAAUGUAGCCCUUGAUAAAAAUGUCUAGCGCAAGACCACUAUCGCUUAUACAGCCAGAAAACAUCAAAACGAAUAUUCUAUGGAUAAUGGUAACCAUGAUGUAGAUUUAAUAACGAUGUUUAAUGAGGACUAGUGUUAUUGUAAAUCAUUGCUCCGAAAAGCGAGAUUAAUUCAGACUGAAAGAUGGUAAGGAUGUUAGGUUGAAAGAAAUAAAAUAGAGAAGAUGUUGAUUUAUAAGACUGAUAUUUAUGUCUAUCGUGAACGAUAACAAGACUUAAUAUAUCAAAUUAUGUCUUUCUCUGUAGAAAUUUAGAAUAAUGUGUUUUAAACGGAAGAGUGCAUGAUAAAGCAAUGCGUAAAAUAUACAUCAUACCGGGAUAAAUAAGAGUUUACAUGAAAAUCAUGUAAUAUCUGGCAUGAACUUCAAUUAGUAUUUUCUUUGGAGGAUAUUGAAAUGUAUUAAUGCAAUUUUGACAAUGCAGUAAACCAAGCGUGGAUCCGUUAAAAUGUCAACGUAUGCUUUGUUUGAUUUUAAUUGAAAGUAGCAUUGCAAUCGAUUGGUGCAAUAGGAAUGUAUUUAUCAAAUUAUUAUUGUGUUCGAUGUUGUUUGUAUUCAGGAUUUAAGUUCAAUAAAAUGUCUGUGCUAAAGUG